UGCGGUUAGCUGAUGAGCGGCGUGCACCGGUGUGGAGUUCAGGAGCACUUACGGAUCAGAGCGCCGCGCACACCUCUCUGAUAUGCCGGCUUAUUUCUCAGCGCGAAUUUUGUGCACAUUCGUUUGGAUGGAUGAUUUUUUUUACUUCUUCCCCGCAAUAAUGUUGAAACAGUGCUGAGCGGAGGAGUAAGAUUCUGAAGUUAGAUGACAUGGUUCCUGCCCCGCGUCCGCCGUCUCUCACUCUUUCUGCCCAGUACGAGCGUUUCAGUGGGAAUGGGCACUGCUUUGAAUCGCCAGUUAACAAUAAUCUGGAUAUUUUCGAGGCUGCUAAACAGGGAAACCUUGAGGAGUGUAGACGCAUUGUCUCGGCGGAGGGGGCGGGGGUGUUGGAUGGGCUCGAUGACCGCGGCCACACGCCGGUGCACUGGGCAGCGCUGGCCGGCGCUGUGGAUGUCAUCCAGUUCUUCCUGGAGGCCGGGGGCCCGGUGGACCUGCCCAGCAAGGUGGAGCUGGCCCAGAGGCCGGUCCACUGGGCAUCAGUGAACGGGCACGUCGCCGUGGUGGAUCGGCUGCUGGAGGCGGGGGUCUCUAUGGAUACGCCGGACCACAGAGGGUGCACCCCUCUGAUUCUGGCCGCUCAGUACGGACACACCGCUCUCUGCUGCUACCUGAUUGGGAAGGGAGCCCAGCUGAACCUGUGCGAUGCGGAGGGGGACAACGCCCUCCACUGGGCUGCUUUCAAAGGACACUGUGAACUGACCCGCUUGUUGAUCUACUCAGGAUUCAACCCCAAACAACCAGAUCAGUUUGGUCAGACCCCCCUGCACCUGGCUGUCCUCAGCGGAGACCUGCUGACUGUGCAGCUGCUGUGUGAACAGGAUGGAGUGGAUUUGGAAACGGAGGAUAAGAACGGGAACACCCCUCUGAAACUGUCCCGAGGUCGCAAACACAGGGAAAUAUCCGCCUACCUGGAGGGUGCAAUAGCCCGCUCGGGUCGACUAAUUCCCAAAUUCGACUGGAGUGCCUUGGUGUUUGGCCCACCUGGAAAAUCCAAAGGCCCUGUGCUUUUCCUGCUGGCUUGUUGUUUCCUUUGGGGAUACCCCACUUACUUUUUCAAGAUUGUCUCGGUCUCCUUUAACAAGCUGUGGGAGUUUCAUGUGGCCUUCCUGCUCGCCAAUGCACUGAUGUGGUUUCUCUUCCUAAAAGCUUCCCUUAUGGAUCCAGGGUUUCUUCCCAGAGACAGUGAGGAAUAUGAUCAGGCCAUUAGACAGGCGGUGCACUGUGAGGGGUGGAGGCGAGGCCGAAACCCUCUCCUCAGACUGUGUCACACCUGCCACAUCGUCAGGCCGCUUCGCACAAAGCACUGCCGCGUCACCAACCGCUGCGUGGAGCAUUUCGAUCACUACUGCCCCUACAUCUACAACGCCGUGGGCCGCAGGAACAGGACCUACUUCCUGGGAUUCCUGACCUCGAUGAGUGUGAACUGCUUCAUGGGCGUGUACCUGUGUGUGGACUGGUUCUCCCAGAUGGGUCGCAGCCUCUUCCUCGGGACGGGCUUCCUCUUCAUGGCCAUUGUCGGGGUGAUAUCGGGGAUCAUGGCUGGCACCUGCUUUUACAUGGCAGCCCAGAACACCACCACCAACGAGCGCCUGAACCAUCACAAGUACAGCUACCUGCAGGAGGAAGGGGGCCAGGCCAGCAGCCUGUUUGACCGCGGCACAUGGCUCAACCUGCUGGAGUUCUUCCACCUGCUCCCCCCGCUGCAGGAGGGCCAGCUCAGGACCAUGGACACGCUCCAGGUUAUAUAACACACAAACGCUGGCUCAAGGGGAAGGAAGAGCACUAUCAGCAGCACUGAAACAACCGAUAAAUAACCUAUAAACAACGCUGACAGGAUGACAAAACAACCCCCCCCCCACCCUUCUCCACCCAACAACCGCAUCUGCAAACUGCCGUAGCUCUUUAACCCCACAACCAGCUCCAUUUGCAGCUGAACCCAGGCAGUUUAUUUAGAGAAGCACAAAGUUUGGUGUGGCGCCGAGUUUAAGGGCUGCAUCACCAUGUCAGUGUCUGGCCCUGAAAGCAACACCAACAGAACUUUUCAAACUGGGAAAAGGACAAAAUGCAAAAUGACUGCUGUAUAUCCUUUCUCUUCUAUCUGGGCUCUGUGGCAUAUCAAUCUAUAGUGUUUGUCUGCUGCUGAUUUCAUGCAAUCAGAUGUUCCACUCUGUUGUUAGCCGCAUUAUCCAUUUUUGG